CUUCGGCAAGAGUAACGUGGUGUACAGCUCCUCCUGGAGCUCUGAUACGCUUUUAGGACCGGGCUGAAGCUCGUGUGGCUCCCUUACGCAAGUCCCACUGGGCUUUUGUUUUCUUUUUCUCCCUUAAAUACGGUUUUUCCACCAGAGCUACUGUCUUGCAUUCAUCUUGUCCUCUGACACUGCCUGGGUAACUUUUGGAUCUACUCUACUUGUACUAAUCCUAAAAUUGUCGCCAUGAUGCGCAGGCUCUCCACCGCCUUCAAGAAGAAGGACGAAGGCAAACCCAAAGAAAAUGUUGUUGCCAAUGGAAAAGCCAAUGGCAAGCGAAAUUCGAAGGCCUUUUCGAAAUCAUCUCCUCCAGAACCGGAGGACCACAGCGCUGCGCGCAAUGAAGUGGCAUCCAUUUUCGAAAAAUAUUCGCAAAUAAUCCAUGCUUCCCGGCGUCCAAUGCCUACUCAGAGCGGUGAUGGUACUUACCUGGAACACGGCCAUGAUCAAUCGACUACCUUAUUCCAGGAUUUGCGAACGCUGGGCUUCAAGGAUUACGGUACCUUGGUUGAAGUCGUGAAGAAUAAAGCAUCAGGUGAAUUAGUGGACGACAAAACUUACCUAAUGGAACGCAUUAUCCAGCUUGUCAGCGGUCUUCCAUCCAAUUCAAAACACCGGACGGAGUUGACCAAUGCUUUCCUGGACGAACUCUGGGAAUCUCUUCCACAUCCACCUCUCGCAUUUCUGGGCCCCAAGUAUGAAUAUAGAUCUGCUGAUGGCUCUUAUAACAAUCCUACGCUUCCCUGGCUUGGCGCUGCUAAUACUGAAUACGCUCGCUCUAUCGCUCCAUUGACUAUUCAACCUGGUGGUCUCCCAGAUGCGGGUCUUAUCUUCGACAGUGUCAUGGCUCGCCAGAAAUUCACACCACACCCUAAUAAAGUCUCAAGUGUCUUCUUUGCCUGGGCCUCCCUCAUCAUUCACGAUCUUUUCCAAACCGACCACCGGAACCCGCACAUUUCGCAGACUUCUUCGUAUUUGGAUCUCUCAAUUCUCUACGGAGACAAUCAGGAAGAUCAGGAUCUUGUCCGUACAUUCAAAGAUGGCAAACUCAAACCAGACAGUUUUUCCGAACCGCGUCUCCAAGCAUUCCCUGCGAUGUGUUGCGUUUUGAUGGUCAUGUUGAAUAGGUUUCACAAUCACGUUGUCGAGCAACUAGCCCUGAUCAACGAGAAUGGAAGAUUUACCAAGCCACGAGCUGACCUGCCACAAGAGUUGGCGGAGAAGGCUUGGAAGAAGUAUGACGAGGAUUUGUUCCAAACUGGCAGAUUGAUCACCUGUGGCUUGUACAUUAACAUCACCCUAUACGACUAUCUCCGCACGAUAGUCAACCUUAAUAGAACCAACAGCACAUGGUGCCUGGACCCUCGCGCAAGAAUGGAAAGUGCCCACUCUACCCCAUCUGGCCUCGGAAACCAAUGCUCCGUGGAGUUCAACCUUGCCUACCGCUGGCACUCCGCAACUAGCGCCAAAGAUGAGCUCUGGACCGAAAAUGUUUAUAAAGAGCUGUUUGGCAAACCAGCUGAAGAGGUUUCCAUGCCCGAGUUACUGAUGGGUCUUCACAAGUACGAACAGGCUCUUGAUCCUGAUCCAUUGAAGCGCACUUUUGGGCAUCUUGAGCGUCAGGAAAAUGGUUACUUCAAGGAUGACGAUCUUGUGAGGGUUUUAACGGAGGCCGUUGAAGACGUUGCAGGUUCAUUUGGCGCCCGCAACGUACCCAAGGCUAUGCGUUCAAUCGAGAUUCUUGGUAUUGAGCAGGCUCGCAAAUGGAAUUGUGGUUCUUUGAACGAGUUCCGGAAGUUUUUCAAGCUGAAACCCUACGAGACUUUCGAAGAAAUCAACUCGGACCCGGAUGUAGCCGAUUCCCUCCGUCACUUGUACGAGCAUCCUGACUACGUUGAAUUGUACCCUGGUAUCGUUGCGGAGGAAGCCAAGGAGCCCAUGGCUCCAGGUGUUGGUAUCGCUCCUACGUACACAAUCUCACGUGCCGUUUUGUCUGAUGCCGUCGCCCUUGUCCGUGGCGAUCGCUUUUAUACAACCGGCCAAAAUCCCAAAAACCUCACCAAUUGGGGGUGGCAAGAGAGCAACCACGACCUCCAUAUUAACCAAGGAUGUGUAUUUUACAAACUUGCUUUCCGUGCAUUCCCGAACCACUUCAAAUCAGACUCCAUCUAUGCUCACUAUCCAAUGACCAUUCCCGACGAAAACAAAGUCAUCAUGAAGGAUCUUGGGCGUGAAGCUGAAUACAGCUGGGACCGGCCGAUAUACACCAACCCCCGUACUGACCUGACUUCUCAUGAAGCGGCUAAACGGGUUCUUGAAGAUUCCCGGAACUUUAAGGUCACUUGGGGUGAGGCUACUGCUUGGGUAUUUGGUGAGAAAACCGGUACAGACCACAUGUUAUCAGGCGAUACUCCCUUCCAUAGUCAGCAGCGUGAGCAACUCGAGAGAGCUCUCUACCGUGAUGGUUGGGAAGCCCAACUAAAGGAGUUCUACGAAGAAAUGACUCUUCAGCUACUGCACGAUAAGUCAUGCACUCUGGGCGGGAAAAAGCAGGUCGAUAUCACUCGAGAUGUUGGAAAUCUUGCCCCCGUCCAUUUUGCGGCCCAUGUGUUUGGUCUUCCUCUGAAAACCAAAGGAAACCCACGCGGCAUCUUCACCGAGCACGAAUUGUACAUGAGCAUGUCGGUCAUCUUCCAAGCUAUCUUCUUUGAUUACGAUUUACUGCGCUCGUACCCGCUUCGUCAGGCUGCUCGAGCUGUGGCUGCAAAGAUUGGCCAAGUCGUCGAAGCUAAUGUGAAAUCUAUUGGCUCCACUGGCAUCCUUUCCCACUUCAUUGAUGGUCUUCGUAAGCAAGAUAAUCCUCUAUCGGAGUAUGGUGUGGACUUGAUCAAGAAACUUCUUGAUGAUGGUCUCAACGCCCAUGAGGUGACCUGGACCCAGAUUCUGCCAACUGUUGUCUCCUUGGUGCCCAAAUUGGGACAGGUAUUUACCCAAAUCAUUGAUUUCUAUCUCUCUGAUGAGGGCAAAGUUCAUUUGCCUGAAAUUAACCGACUUGCCAAAUUGAACACACCGGAGUCGGAUGAUACCCUGGCCCACUAUGCACUAGAAGCUGUCCGUCUUAACGGCACCUACGGCGCCUACCGUGAAGCUCAGCGGGAUGUAACUGUUAAUGACGGGGGCAGGGAAGUUCAACUUCACCAAGGCGAAAAAGUAUUUGUUAGCUUCGUAGGGGCAUCUCGUGACCCUUCCGCUUUCCCCGAACCCGAGAAAGUCCGUCUAGACCGUCCUCUGGAUUCCUACAUUCAUUACGGGGAAGGCUCUCACUCUUGUCUUGGACGUGAUGCCAGCCGUGUUGCUCUCACUGCCAUGCUUCGCGUCGUUGGUCGUUUGGACAACUUGCGACGUGUCGCCGGCCAACAGGGCCAGUUAAAGAAGAUCCCUCGCCCAGGCGGCUUCUACGUCUACUUGAGAGAAGACGGUGGCAGUUACUCUGUUUUCCCUGCUACCUUCAAAAUCAACUACGAUGGUGAGCUGCCUGCUCUGAAACGCCGCGGCACAUGGUAAAUAAGACACCAAAUAGCCCCCAAUUCCCGUUGUAAUGAUACCGAAAGUUGUGUAAUUCAAUGAUACCUGGCGAGGAACAGAUUGAUUUUGUCUACUCUGGCGGCGAUGACACUGAAAGUUAUGGAAUUAACACCUGAAAUUACUAAUUUUAUGUAUUUAGCUGAUCUCUCAACUAAUAUCCUAUAAAUUAUAUAAAUAUGUAUCGAUUCA